CCAGAUAUGUAUUUUAAUUCUUAAACCUCCACAAAACCCAAGCCUUAUCCAACCUUCUUCCUCACUCACACCUCUCCAGCAAUGGCGCACAUCUUAUCCUCCAAAUUCCUCCCUUUCAAUCCAAUACUCCAUUAUUCUCCUCACUUUCUCUCUCCUCCUCCAUUAAAGCCACUCAACUCCGUCAUCGUUUCGGUGGUUUCUUCGCCGGAGCGGAAGUCCCGGCGCCGGCGAACGCCGAAGGGGGAUGACUCUUCGACGGCAUUGUCGGGGACCGAGAAGAGUUUAAGGCUGGUAUUCAUGGAAGAGCUGAUGAUUAGGGCUAGAAAUCGAGAUGCAAUUGGAGUUUCUGAUGUUAUUUAUGAUAUGAUUGUUGCUGGUCUUAGUCCUGGACCUAGGUCUUAUCAUGGGAUGGUUGUUGCUCAUGUUCUUAAUGCUGAUGAAGAAGGCGCUAUGCAAUCAUUGAGAAGAGAGCUGAGUGUGGGGCUAACUCCUCUCCACGAGACAUUUGUAGCAUUGGUUCGUUUGUUUGGGUCGAAAGGCCAUGCUUCCAGAGGCUUAGAAAUCCUUGCGGCAAUGGAGAAGUUAAAUUAUGACAUCCGGAAAGCUUGGUUGGUUCUUGUUGAGGAGCUGGUUAGAAGCAAUCAUUUGGAAGAUGCCAACAAGGUGUUUCUAAAGGGUGCUGAAGGUGGAUUGAGGGCUACUGAUGAGAUUUACGAUCUCAUGAUUGAGGAAGACUGUAAAGCUGGAGAUCACUCCAAUGCCUUGACUAUUGCUUAUGAAAUGGAGGCAGCUGGCCGGAUGGCUACAACUUUCCACUUUAACUGCCUUUUGAGUGUUCAGGCAAAUUGUGGAAUACCUGAAGUGGCAUUUGCAACAUUUGAGAACAUGGAAUUUGGAGAAGAUUAUAUGAAGCCUGAUGCAGAGACAUAUAAUUGGGUGAUCCAGGCAUAUACAAGAGCCGAGUCCUAUGAUAGGGUUCAGGAUGUGGCUGAGCUGCUUGGCUUGAUGGUUGAAGAUUAUAAAAGAAUACAACCAAAUGUGAGAACAUAUGCGUUGUUGGUAGAAUGCUUCACCAAGUACUGUGUGACACGUGAAGCUAUUAGGCAUUUCCGUGCAUUGAAAAAUUUCGAAGGGGGCGUAAAAAUUUUACAUAAUGAAGGAAACUAUGGUGAUCCACUUUCUUUGUACCUUCGAGCCUUGUGUCGAGAAGGAAGAAUUGAAGAAUUGCUGGAAGCUUUAGAAGCUAUGGCUAAGGAUAACCUGAUGAUUCCAUCAAGAGCUAUGAUUUUGAGUAAAAAAUAUAGGACAUUAGUCAGCUCAUGGAUUGAGCCUUUGCAAGAAGAGGCUGACCUUGGAUAUGAAAUUGACUACAUGGCCAGGUAUAUUUCAGAGGGUGGGCUAACUGGUGAACGCAAACGCUGGGUUCCUCGAAGAGGAAAAACUCCUCUGGAUCCUGAUGCAGAAGGGUUCAUUUACUCGAAUCCAGUGGAAACCUCCUACAAACAAAGAUGUCUUGAAGAAUUGAAGAUACGUCAUAGGAAGCUUUUGAAACACUUGAGGAAUGAAGGACCGGCCGUUCUCGGACCAAAUGCAUCAGAAUCUGAUUAUAUAAGAGUGGAGGAAAGAUUGAAGAAAUUAAUCAAAGGUCGUGAAAAAAAUGUUAUAAAACCAAAAGCUGCUAGUAAGAUGGUAGUAUCUGAGUUAAAAGAAGAACUGGAAGCCCAAGGUCUCCCUAUUGAUGGAACUAGGAAUGUGCUCUAUCAGCGAGUACAAAAGGCUAGGAGAAUUAACAUCUCACGUGGUCGUCCACUAUGGGUUCCUCCAGUGGAGGAGGAAGAGGAGGAGGUUGAUGAAGAGGUGGAUGAAUUAAUUUCAAGAAUCAAACUGGAAGAGGGCAACACAGAAUUUUGGAAACGUCGUUUUCUUGGGGAGCGAGUCAUCUAUGAUAAUGUAAAUCCCGCAGAUGGGCAGGAAUCAGAACCUGAAGAGAUGAUAGAUGAUGCCGAUAUUGUGGAGGAUGCUUCGAAAGAAAUUGAAGACGAUGAAGCUGAUGAUGAAGAGGAAGCAGAAACAGAAGUGGAGGUAGAACAAACUGAAAGUCAAGAAGGCCUGGUAGACAGGGUGAAGGACAAGGAAGCUGAAGCCAAAAAACCUCUUCAAAUGAUUGGAGUCCAAUUGUUAAAAGAUGCAGACCAGCCAACAACCUCGAAAAAAUCAAGGAGAAGAGCUUCUAUGGCUGCAGAGAAUGAUGAUGAUGAUGACUGGUUUCCCCUAGAUUUAUAUGAGGCUUUUGAAGAAAUGAGGAAUAGAAAUAUCUUUAAUGUAGACGAUAUGUACACGCUUGCUGAUGCCUGGGGCUGGACAUGGGAUAGAGAGCUGAAGAACAGACCUCCACGGAGGUGGUCUCAAGAAUGGGAGGUUGAAUUGGCUAUUAAAGUUAUGUCAAAGGUAAUAGAGUUAGGUGGUAUACCAACUAUUGGGGACUGUGCUAUGAUCCUUCGUGCUGCCAUAAAAGCUCCUCUUCCUUCAGCUUUCUUGACAGUCUUACAGACUACACAUAGUCUUGGCUACAGAUUUGGAAGUCCUUUGUAUGAUGAAAUCAUCACACUGUGCCUUGAUCUUGGAGAACUUGACGCAGCAAUAGCAAUUGUUGCUGAUCUGGAAACUAGUGGAAUCACAGUUCCUGACGAGACACUCGACAAGGUGAUUGCUGCUAGACAAACACCUGACAGCCCUUCUGAUGAAGCUUCUUGACCUGUUAGAAAUUUAUGUAAAUAUUAUUGAAAAUUUUCCUGUUGAUUAUGAGCUGUAGGGUUGUGAUUUAACCUAGAAAUUUAGAACCAUUUUCCAGAAUGGACCACAGCGUGGCGAAUCUCAAGUUACAAAGAAUAUGGUUGUAAGCUUGCAACAUAGUGUUAGGUUUUCUUACAGGAGACAAAUGAAUCAUUCUAAGUUGGAUCAAUACAAUUUGGAAGAUGUGACUUUCAGUUUGAGUCUAUUUCAGCAAGGGCCAUAAUCAAAUUAUAGUCUAAUUAUUAUGUCUAAUUGACAAUAUUAGUUACAUUAAUAUUGGUAGGGUUGGGUCAAUUUCAGUAUAGGAUAUUAUGCACAAGUCAAUUUCUAAGGCCUUGCUCUGUGGUGUAUUGUUGUAUGAGCAAUCCAACCUGAAUGGAAAUGCUGUUGUCUAAUUUUAAACUGUAUCUAUAUUGAUUGUAAACUUGCCUUGCUUCCAAGUAAUGUAAUCCUUAUGUAAUUACAAUUUAAUAUCAUGUGUUUCUUCUUUAAGGACGAGUUACAAUUCAACAUUAAA